AUGGUUUGUCGCAAUAAAAUUGAAUUAAGUAUUUGGCAAUUAUGUUUCUUAAUAUCUCUUUCAUUAAUUUCUAUUGUUAUUGCUAUAUUUGGUUGGUUUCGUACAAUAGAUCCAAUUGUAUAUGGUAAAUCAUCACAUACAUAUCGAACUCAAAUUAAUAAUGUUACAUCAUUUGUUGAUACACAUCAACGAUUACAUUCAUUUCUUGAUGAUAUUGGUUCACCACCUAAACUUAAUAAUCCACAGUCAUAUAUACAAUGGACAUUUCUUCAAAUGAAUGAUGUUUAUGAACUUAUACCAUUAAGUGGUGGUAGAAAAGGUGGUUUAGCUCGUGUAGCAACCAUACGACAAUUACUUCUUCAAGAAAAUCCACAUACAAUUACAAUACUAUCUGGUGAUGUUGUUAGUCCAUCAGCUUUAGGUAAUAGUAUUGUAAAUGGAUCAAUGUUAAAUGGAAAACAAAUGAUUGCUACAUUAAAUGUUCUUGGUCUUGAUUAUGCUACAUUAGGUAAUCAUGAAUUUGAUUUAAGAGAAGAAAUAUUAAGACUUCGUUUAAAUGAAUCUCGAUUUGAAUGGAUAUCAUCAAAUGUUUAUGAAAUAAAUUCAACAAAACCAUUUCAUAAUGUUAUACCAUAUAAAAUAAUAACAAUAUUAAAUAUAAAAAUUCUUCUUAUUGGUUUAACAAUUGAUGAUAAUACGGGACAAACAUCUACAACUUAUGUUAAUAUAACAUCUCAACAUAAUUUACCAAAAUUUACAGCACAUUAUAUAAAAUAUCUUCGUUAUAAUUUAAAUUUAACAUGGGAUGUAUUAAUUGUUUUAACACAUUUAAAUAUGCAUAAUGAUAUUGAAAUAGUUGAAUAUAAUCCUGAUAUUGAUGUACUUAUGGGUGGACAUGAACAUGAAAAUUAUUAUUUAAAACGUGGAUCAAAAUAUACACCAAUAUAUAAAGCAGAUGAUAAUGCAUUUACUGUAUUUAUACAUCGUUUUGCAUAUCAACCAAAAACAAAACAAUUAUUAAUUUUUUCUAAAUUAACACAAGUAUCACAACGUUUUUCUGAAGAACCUGAAACAGCUAAAGUAGCAAAUUAUUUUUAUCAAGCUGGUUUACAAGCAUAUAGAGAUGAUGGUUAUAUUCCUGAAAGUAUAAUAUGUGUUUUACCUGUUGGACUUAAUUUUGAUGGUCGUUCAGCAGUCAUACGUGCUCAACAAACACAUUUAACAACUGCAUUAUGUAAUGCUAUGAUGGAUGCAACUAAUACAACAAUAUGUGUAUUUAAUGCAGGUGCUAUUCGUGUUGAUGAUCAAUUAAUGGGUAUAAUAACUCAAUAUGAUGUAUUACGUUGUUUACCAUUUUCAGCUAAUCUAAUAUCAUUGCGUGUUAAUGGUACAACACUUGUUAAAGUUUUAAAUCGUGGUUUAAU